UCGAGCUGGAUCGAUCUGUGAUGGUCCUGGGGCCGAAAGCGAGCGAAGACGCACUGUGGGAACACAAGCACAACGCCCAGAUCUCAGGGCGGUUGUGUCGCCUGCAUGUUGAUGCACGAGUCGUUCGUAUUUGGCUCGUGCGCAUUCGGAGCUUGAUGCUGCCCUGACUUUCUGCGUGCGCGCGUCGGCCGAUGGUGCCACUGCAGAGAUGGGCAGCUGCGCUGAAAGCCGCCUCCCUGGCACCAGCCGCGGGUGUCACUGUCGUCGUGGGGAAUGAGGCGGCAACGCCGACAGUAUCGUCAGCGCGCUGACCUACGCGUACCUUCUAGAUCAAGGCGGUGAGCGUGCAUUGCCCAUCGUUGCGUGCAACCGCGCGGACAUGCGCCUUCGUUCAGAGACCGUCCUUCUGCUGCAGUUGUGCGGCGUGGACUCGGCGAGCCUGAUUUUUCUGGACGAUCCGCAGGCGAAGGAACUGCUCGAGCAUGCGAACAGAGUUGUGCUGGUCGACCAUAACAAAGCAACCGGCCUAGUGGCUGACAUCGCAGCAGGACGGGUCGCUAUCAUCGUCGACCACCAUAAGGACCUCGGACAGCAUACUAACGUGACUGGGCCUGCUCGGAACAUCGCCUUCAAAGACGCGAAGGCCACUGCUGGCAGCUGCUGCACCCUGGUGGCCGAGGCUUUUUUGGAGAGCCCGUCCGGCAGGGCACUGCUGGCAUGCGAGAACGGAUCAGCUGCGAGGGCGCUGCUUGGAGUCAUACUUAUCGACACGGUUGGUUUGGAACAGAGGUUCCAGAAGGUCACACCGCGUGAUGUCGUUGCCGCCGAGAGUCUCCAGAGCUUGGCGCCAGCGCCAGCGAGUGACGAGCUGUUCAGGCAGCUGGAUGCCGCGAAGUUCGACGACAAAUUCUGGGAACAGUUGGGGGCAGACCAGUGCCUGCGAUACGACUACAAGCGUUUCGAGGCAGGCGGGAGGGCUUUGGGGCUCUCGAGUGUUCUCUGCAGCCUGCAUGCUCUGGUGGGCAAGGCGGGCUGGGCCGAAGAGUCCGCCAGGUGGGCGCAGGGCGUGGACCUCUUUGGAGUCCUGUCGAACAGGAAGUGCAAGGACGGCGUCGCGCGGGAGCUCUUACUGAUGAGCUCCGACGGCGGCGCCCUCGCCUCCGAGGCGGCCCAGUACGCCGCCCGCUUCGAGGACCCAGUGCUGUCGCUGCAGCCCCUGCCGCUGCCGGAGGGCGGCCCGCCCGGUGCCCUCGCCUUCAGCCAGGGCAACUCCGCCGCGAGCCGCAAGCAGGUGGCUCCGUGCCUGAGCGCCUUCCUCGAGUCCACCGCCGGCGGCGCGGCGCUGUGAGGCCCCUCCCGCAGAGGGCGCUGCCGGCGUGCCAGCAGCACGGCCCGUGGGCGCCGUGCCCGGCGGGAAAACAGUGGGGACCAUUGCGCGGUGCCCGCGGCUCCCAUGGGGUCGCCCCGCUGCCCAAAUCCAGGAUCCAUCUUCCCCCGGUGGAGGCGACUCCCCGU